AUGGAAGCUUGGCGAUGGGGGGCAGGGCGAUGGGAAAUGACUCAAUGUCAACGGGCACAGGAGCAGCAGCUGGAGACCAAGACGGCGGUGGGGGUGGAGGUGGAGAUGACGUUGGGGAUGCUGAUUUCCUUCAAGGGAUAUUUGAUGAGGCCAUCGGUCUGGACGAUGUUAUCGCUGACUCCAUCAGCUGUUAUCCCUCGGUCGAUGACUACGAGGACAGCAGAACUGUUGGAGAGUGCCGCUUCGCAGGCGCUCGGAUGGGCUUGCGUGUUCGACGUGGCGACAGACAUCGUGGAGGCGCUGGCAGAUCUUCGCGGAGACACCAUGUCGGUAUACCGGGGGGUCUUCAUCAACGAGUCGCUGUUCCGCCACAAGAAGCUGAACCAAGGGAAAGCACCGGACAAAUCGAUCUUGGGCAAGCACCUGUCCAAGUUUCUUCGGGAAGCCGGCAUGUCGAGCGCCCGCAUCAUCCUGCUCGUGGCUGGCGACGUCGACUUCGACACAGCCGACGCCGGAUUGCACGGCCUGAGCGCGGUCUUGCGAAAACCCUUCACAAAGACGGGCUUGAUGGAUAUCUUGCGCGGCCUGUAUCUCAGCAACGAGCCGAGGUCUGGAGCUGCUGCGGCCCCGUUGUCAAACCCGGAACCCCUCGGCGUUCCGUUUCCUGGGCAGUACAGAUCAAGGCCACCAGAGGGAGUUCCAUUGGCGGCGGCCGCGGCCGUGGCGGCGGCGGCAGCAGCAGCAGCUGGAACCACUCCAUCUACCAUCCACAUGGGCGCGCCCGGUCUAGCAUCGUCUCAAUACCCGGCAUGCUUGGGAUUCACGCCGUUCACUCACCCAAUGUUCAAUCCGUAUAACUUGCCUCUAGCCUUGCUUCGAUCGGGGAAGCCAAAAGCGUGGCCCCGGAGAAGGUACACUAACAUCGCCCCGAGGGAGAAAGAUGAGGACCUUGGUGAUCAGUCUGCCCCGGUGCUGGAUGGCGCAAGUCCGGAUGUCACGGCAGCAGCCGAUGAGUGUGGUGCUGCUGCAGCCGUCGCGGAACAGACAGCUGGGCAGGCGAUCUAG